UCGUUAUUAAUGGAAAUAAUGUUUAGGCUGCUGGUGGUACUAACAACAUCAACAUGCUUUUUUUCAACUGUUAAUUCCGGGGUACCAAUUGCAACUGGUGGACCAUCACUGAUCUACGAGGGCAAAGACGCCUUACUUACGUGUGUAGUGUCAGAGAAUCGCGCCAAUCACACUGUGAUAUGGAAGAAAUCCGACGAAAUACUCACAGCCGGUAUGGUGAGAGUGACAAGCGACACACGCAUUAGCGUGUUGCAUGACGAGAGUGAGUGGAAAAAGGAUCCCAAAGGACUCGAGUCCGGUGGUGAGGUGUGGGUGCUGCUUGUAAAGCGACUUACCACUGAGGAUUCGGGUAGUUAUAUAUGUGAGCUGAAUUCAGAGCCAGUGCUGCGUAGUAUACACAUCCUCACAGUUAAACAGCUACCGUCGAACAAUGGCAAUAUCACAACCACAACGGAAUCAAGUGAUGUGUAUCUUGUGCCGCCACCACUCGAUGCCACCGACAAUCGCUCGUUUUGGCGCCCACCUACUGUCGCGCCGCAAAUCACUCAUGAUUUCACCGAGUGUUGUGAGCGCGCCAAUGUCAGUGCCGAAUGCAUGGGUUUUUGCAAUGUGCACAAUAUUAUUGACGGCACGACGGGUAUCGAGCCGGAGGCCUGCGAGAAAAGCUUUCCCAACAUUGUACGCUGCAUGGCUGACGGUCGCAAUCAUGUGCCUUGUUGUGUUGAGAAACAAAUACCCGAUCUGUGUCAGGAUAUGUGCCGCGGUGAGUAUACACCAUUUACGGAUCUCUUGAAGACACGCGUCUCUUGCGUACACCACACGCUUAGUGGUCUACAAUGCAUAUUGCAAGGUGUACAAAAUAUACCCAGUACUCCGACGGGUGUCACCGUCGAUCAUGUCUCCGAGACGCGCGUCUCAGUGCAUUGGUAUGAACCAGAGAAGUUAGCACAUAAGGUCACCUAUUACAGCAUCAAUUUGACGGCUCUGCAUAGCUUCGAUGAGGAUGAAUUGUCCAAUGCAUUUGCGUGGAAAAAGCGUCCGCUAGAGCAGACUAUAAUACGUACUGUGCCCGUUAACCAGACUACACUGACAUUGCAGGAUCUCACGCCACUCACAAUGUACGCAAUAGUGGUGACGGCGCACAAUGAUUACGGGUCGAGUUUACCGAGUGAACGGUUGCGUGUAUUCACCCAUACCAGUGAGGUGUUUGCCCCAACGGGUGGUGGUGAUGCCGAGACAUCUGCUUCGGUGGAAAGCAGCAUGCCAGGGUUGCCCAAUAUACGCAGCUGUUGUGAGGCCAACGGCAUGACACAUCGCAUGUGUCUCGAUAAAAUGUGCGAUCCACAAAAGACCGAUCUCGCCACGCUACCCGAUUUUAUGGUAUGUGCGCCUUGGUCUAAUAUUACCUUCACUUGUUUGGCGAAUAAGAUGGAUCAUACGCCUUGCUGUCGAGCGCGUGGCAUACCGGCUGUCUGCUUCCCAUUGUGCUCGGGUCAGAUCUCAACGUUGGACUUUAGUCUUUUCAAGUGCCUACGCUUUAUGUCCGAGUACAGCAGUUGUCUGUUCCAGGGUUACGGUGUGCUGGCAGACCCGCCUUCGACGAUACGUACGGUGGCUAAAGCGGAUAGCUUUAUUAUUUUAGACUGGGAUAAACCAAAGCGUUUGGCUGAUACGAUUAGCACCUAUCAUGUCAAGUUUAGGCGGCUCGGAGAGGGAGAUGAUUAUCUAACGGUGGUAAAGAAAAAUCCCCCACUCAUUCUGGAAGGUCUCGAACCUGAAGUCUACUAUGAGUUCUAUGUGGUUUCAGUGAAUCAGUAUGGCAAGAGUGAACCCUCACCGCGUCUAAUUACACGUACACAACCCGCCGAAGCUGUGGAUGAACCAGAGCCACGUUACAACAUGACAAAAUGCUGUCAGGCGUCUGGUUUAUUGCCUCAAUGCGCGCCACUCUGCUCGUACAACAUUAAAUUGUCUGAUAUCGAAAAGCUUGGACCGGCGUGUAGAGCGCAAAUGCCUGUCAUUGUGCGGUGCGCUGCCGGUGGACGCGACCAUACACCCUGCUGUCAGCGCCGCGGCGUACCCACCGCUUGCAUGUCCAUUUGUCGUGGCGUCAUGCCACUUGCCGCGAAUGGUGGCGGCAGCAAUAGUGGCGCUUUGAGUGGUAGCAGUUAUAGCGGCAACAACGCCACCACCACCAGCGAUUGUUUGUCCUAUGCAGGCAAUAUCUUGCAGUGCAUCGAAGAAGGCACCGAAAGCAUACCCGGCCCCGCUGAAGAUGUCCGUGCCACUUCGGUAACAAAUACCACAAUUAGCUUGGCCUGGCGGCAACCCGGUUACGAGGCGAGCGCUUCUGCACCCACAACUGCAGUCAAUGAAGAAAAUUCCAAUAGCGACAGCAACAACAAGACCAAUUCCGCCACUAGCAACGCGAACAAUAGUGACAACAUCAACUCCUCUGCCACUAAUGGCAUUGCCACGGCCAGUGAUGCGCCCACAGCUAGCACUGCUGAUGAUGAUAUCGAUUUUAUCGUGCAAUAUGGCAAAGUCAAUAACAUGACCCUCUACGAGACGGUGGCAAAACUGGAAAAUGAAUUAACCACAAACGAGACCAGCAUUGCGCUGACGAAUUUGGAGCCGCACGCAUUGUAUCGGAUUAUGGUGGUGACGCGCGGACGAUUUGGCACAGCGUUGCCAUCUUCAAUGUUGCUGAUCAAUACGACCGACGAUGAGAAUGCUAAAUUCAGCAAUAAUACCUUUGGCGCCCCCUCGCCACCGCAUUCGCUAUCGAUUACAUCACAUAGCGCGACCUGGAUGCAACUGACUUGGCAGCCACCAGAGUAUUCGCAUCCACAUGAGAAGAUUACCUACAGAAUCUACCACAAACCAAUGAAAUCGGACAAGUUCAACAAAAUCGAGACUAAAGUUGCAUGGCUGCGUAUGAGCAACCUGAAACCCAGCUCCCAACAUAUACUCUACGUUGAAGCUAUAGGUGAGCACGCAACUUCUCUGCCCUCCGAGACGCUUGUGGCAUGGACCGAUCCAGCUUUGCCUGCCUUUGUUGAUCCACCCACUGUUCAUCCGGCAGACAAUAUACCAGAAGGUGGUUCAAUGACUAUACUCUGCUUGGCUCUGGGCAAUCCAGCGCCCACCAUUUCACUCUACGUUGGUGGUCAUUUGGUGCGUCAAGACACUUCAAGGCACAUGGUCACCGUUAUACACAAUGUCAGCGCCGAUAUGGAGCAUAUCUCCUGCUAUGCAGACAAUGGCUAUGGUGUGCCCAUGCAGGCCGCAAGAAGAGUCAAUAUUUGCUAUGCACCCAAAAUUACUGCUGCGGGCAUUACUGUCGCUUCGUUGGGCGAUGAAGUCGAGCUGCGCUGCGCAGUCGACGCGAAACCUACACCAAAGACUAUUUUCUGGCGUGAUCACGACGGCCGCGUACCAGUCAUACAGGAUGGCCACUUUGAUAUCUCCACUAAAAUGAAUGAAUCGCAUCCCAAUUUGUAUACAAUGUCACUGCGCAUCAGCAAAAUGCAGGCAGUCGAUGUCGGUGACUAUUUCUGUCAUGCCGAGAAUGCGUUCGGCUCCUCAACGACGCCCGUUUCCGUACGUAUACGUACCACACCUGCGCUUGGGCGCAACGUCUCCGAAUGCUGUCGUCAAAUGAACGUUUCGCUGGCCUGCCGUGCCGCCUGUAGUUACUAUGUGGACAUUGAAGCCAUCGCCGAUAAGCCGGAGUGUAUUGUGGACUUUGAUAAGCUGAUGAAAUGUGCCGCAGACGGUUCGGAUCAUCGUAGUUGCUGUGCCGAUGCGAAUAUACCACGAAAAUGUUUGAAUUGGUGUCGUGGUGAUACGGUGAGAUCGAAGGAGAUCUGCAGUUUACAGUAUGCGCGCACGAUCGUUGGCUGCUUUGAGAUGAACAGAGAUAAACUGCCCGGACCGCCGGAGAAUAUUGCAAUCAGCGUAGUGUCCGAUAGUGAAGUGAUGAUUAGCUGGGAUCCACCACAAAAGAACCCCAAUGUUGUCGAGGGUUAUCGGAUAUUUUAUCACGAGGCAGCCAUACUCUCACCCGACUCCAGUGAGUCUAGCGGCGAUGGCAUGGGCUAUAAUGUGACAAACAUACAAAAUACGACCGAAAUAAGGCGCAUCGAUGUGAAGGAGCCCACGGUGAAUAUUGAUGGCUUGAAGAAGGAUGUACUGUACGAGUUGGUGGUGAAAGCUGGCAAUUCCUUUGGCGCCAGCGUACUCACCGAUCCAGUGAAAUUCACACUCGGCGAUCAUCAUGUCACCUCGGCGACAACAUAUUCGAAUGCUGUCGGCACCAUCAGUGGCAUUGUGGCGAGCAUUUUGGCUGUUCUACUAGCUGCAGCAGCCAUUGUAUUCUAUCGGCGUCAUCGUGCACAUAACGGUAAGGCCGGCAAUGGUGUGGCAUUCGAGAAUCCAACGUACACGCGAGGGCUGGAGCAAGUGCAGCUGCCCACAGUGACAUCUGCUAUUACGCAUGCGGGUUCCACCACCCAGCCAGCACAGCGUGAGGGAAUUGUUAACGAUGCAAACGCAGACGCGCACACCCAAUGCAACGAAGUAAAUCCGACAAUUUAUGAAGAGCUCAAACUUGGCCAAGAAGGUGCUGGAUUCAAGAAACUUGUGCCAUAAAUGCCAAAAUGUGCAAUAAAAGUCAAACACGCACACACACACACUUAGACAAAAAAUAGGAAAAAAACAAAAACACACAGACACACAGAAAAACGAAUAAAACCACUUAACGUAAACUAGAGUAAACAAUAUGACACAAGCUAGAUAAAAACGCUUAGCUAACGGUGCAAGCAACAGUUAGCUAACGCAUGCAAAAAUUAUAUCAGCUAACACACACAGGCACACGCAUACAGACAGGAACCUAAUGAUAUAAACAAAGACCACACUUAUGCACGCACACACACACACACACACACAAUAUACAUUUGUAGUUAGCAUCUGUUGGUAUUUGUAUUUGUAUUGUAGUUGUAUGACGCUCGCACACUUCGGCGUAUACGUAACUUUUACUAUGUAGAAAAAAUAUUAAAAAUACAAAUAAAUGAACGAAAACCAUUAAAUGCUGCAACAAAUUGUGAGACAUUAAAGCACAAAAAUUUUAUUUAAGCCUAAAUUCAUAAAAAUUAAAAUAAAUAAGUUUGAGAUACUUUAAAAAUCGAAACUUUAUAUGACAAAUCAUAUAUGUAGCCUAUUUGCAUCUAACACAGCAGCUUACGUUAACUCCAUCGCCAGUCGAUUCUCUGUUACCGAAACACCCCGUUUAUACAUCGAUCAAUGACUGAAACGUGCCAAAAUUCCAUGGACAAUGUUUCAUGCUGCUACAAAAACAACAAACACAGCUAACAGCUUACGCUUGAAUACCGUUAUAUGUGUUUUUGAUCUGUUUCAAAUCGUGUAAGCUCUCGUUCCGUAUAGAAUUAACCGAACAGUGCUGGGCUAACAGAAAAUAUUAAGUUAACAGCCAUACUGCAUAGUGAUAGCUGUAAUAUAGUUAUUAACAUUUUCUACAACCUGCUUUCAGGCGGUGCUGGCUAACUGCACAAACAAAAGUGAGAGCGUAAAAUAAGUGUUGUGUGGUGAAUAUUUCGAACAGCACGGAAAAUAGUCAUUUCCUUUAUAUUUAGCUAAAUAAAUAUUUUUCAUAAUAAAUGAAAUUAAUAUUUUCACUACUUGGAUAUACAAAAAAAAAAAAAAAAAUUUGGAAUGGCAAAUCCAAAGCAAGAAAUUUCUACUAUGAUCUUCAGUACAUAGAAAUACAGAUAGCUCUGAUAGCCAACUGUUGACGGCGAGUCUCAAAUGUAAACAAAAUUCAGCUGUUUGGGCUAAGCAAAUUGCGCUGUAAAUGCUCGAUGUUUCCAUAACUUCACAGCGCUUUUAAUUGCAGUUGAGUGUUUGGUUGAAAUAGACUAUUUUUUCAUGGAGUACACAAAAACCAUUUUAAUUUUUAUGAACAGGCCUGUUGCAGCAUAAGAAUUUUACAAAGAACAAAAAUCACGAAAAAUAUUGUAGCCUAGCUUUAAAACUGCAGACAAAAUUUAAAAAUGAAGAAAUAUAAAAUUUAGAAAUGAAAAAAUAAAAAAUUUAAAAUAAAAAAAUAUAAAAUAAAAA